GGCUCGCAACCAUGGCCAAGGCAAAGUCUCGAUUGGUCGUCGUCCGCCUCCUCUCGACCGUCGGCACGGGCUUCGCCUACAUCGCUCGCCGCCCGAGGACUGCCGAGAAGAAGCUCGCCUUCAUGAAGUUCGACCCCAUCGCCGGUCGGCAUGUUCUCUUCCAGGAGGCUAAGCUCAAGGGCAGCUCGUGAGUGCGAGCGGAGCUGCGGCGUUCGAGAGAGGGAGCGCGAGGGAGGAACGAUCUCGCUCGUCGGCGCGACGGCGGCAAGCGAGGGUGUAACGAGUACAGCAUUCGGUCAGACUC